AUCAAUCACUUUUCUAAGGACAAUUUCUUCAGAGAUGUCAGAGAACAAGAUUGUGGUGUUAGCCUACAGUGGUGGGUUGGAUACAUCCUGUAUAUUAGUAUGGCUGAAACAAAGAGGAUUUGAAGUUGUUACCUAUAUGGCUAAUGUUGGACAGGAUGAAGAUUUUGAGGCAGCUGAGAAGAAAGCAAUGAUGCUUGGGGCCAAAAAGUUUGUUUGCUUGGAUGUGCGUAGGGAGUUUGUGGAGGAGUUUAUCUGGCCAGGAGUUCAGGCAAACGCUGUGUAUGAAGAUCGUUACCUUAUGGGCACAAGCUUUGCCAGACCUUGUAUUGCCAGAGGUAUGGUGAAGGUGUGUAAGGAGGAGGGGGCUGGGUACAUAGCCCAUGGUGCAACUGGCAAAGGCAAUGACCAGAUACGCUUUGAACUUUCCUGCUAUGCUCUCUACCCACAGGUUAAGGUAAUUGCUCCUUGGAGAAUGCCAGAGUUCUAUGAGAAAUUCAGAGGGCGCCAGGACCUGUUUGAGUUUGCCAAGGAAAACAAUAUCCCCCUCCCUGUCACUCCCAAAUCUCCUUGGAGUAUGGAUGCUAAUCUUAUGCACAUCAGUUUUGAGUCAGGAAUUUUAGAGGAUCCAAAAGCUGAAGCUCCAAAAGACCUGUAUCUCAUGACAACGGACCCUAAGGAUGCUCCUGAACAGCCAUUGAGACUUGAGAUUGACUUCAAACAUGGUGUGCCCGUGAAAGUAAAGAACUUGGAGGAUGGAACAGUGGUUACAUCUGCCUUGGAAUUAUAUCUUUAUCUCAACAAAGUAGGUGGAAGUCAUGGCAUAGGAAGAAUCGAUAUUGUAGAGAACAGAUUCAUAGGAAUGAAAUCUCGAGGGAUCUAUGAGACCCCAGGUGGGACCAUCCUAUUCCAAGCCCACAUGGACAUUGAGGUGUUCACAAUGGACAGGGAAUUGCGAAAAAUCAAACAGAGUCUAAGCAGCAAAUUUUCAGAUAUGGUGUAUAGAGGCUUCUGGGACAGCCCUGAAUGUGAAUUUGUCCGCCACUGUAUAGACAAGAGUCAGGAGUGUGUGGAGGGGACAGUAACACUAGCAUUGUACAAAGGAGGCAUUUACAUUCUAGGGCGCGAAUCUCCACUUUCCCUCUAUAAUGAGGAAUUAGUAAGCAUGGAUGUCCAGGGCAACUAUGACCCUAUAGAUGCUGGAGGCUUCAUCAAAGUUAAUGCUCUUAGGCUACAAGAGUAUCAUCGCCUGCGAAAGAAGAUGGGGGCUGAGCAGAACGGAAAAUUAGGCACUGGUGACCAAUAAGUGAAACAAAAAGCUGCAAGUUGGAGAAUGGGACAGAAACCCUGUGAAGGCUUCAUUUGUACAAGUACAACAUGUAGUGACACUUGCAAGAGAUUCAGUUCACAAGACUUCUGAUAUGAAGAAAAUAUGAAAACUGGAUUCAAAAUUUUAACUGGAUUUUGCUUUUAUGCUAAUAGUGGAGUAUAAGCCAACAGGAUAUUUACUUCAAAAUACUUGCCUCUCUGUUAGCUCAUUGGAUGCUGCAGUGAUUUUGUUGUUGUUGAAAUCUUGUAGUAAAAAAAAUAAUGAAUUACAUUAUUUAAAUUUGCUGUACAUCUCUGAAAUGAUGUUUUAUUUGAUUUAAAACAUACUUUCAGUUAUGAUCAGCUAAAAAGAAAUGAAAAAAA